AUGCUCCAGCUGCUUAUGGUGCACCCCUGUGUGGAUCCGUCCGCCUGUGACAACUUGGCCAUAACAAUAGCCAGCACACGCGGCUAUUUGCCCAUCGUCAUGGAACUCCUCACAGACAAGCGUGUCGAUGCAUCGACCCAGUCCAGCUACAGUCUCCGCGAAGCGCGUAAGAAUGGGCACACACAGGUAGUAGAGUACUUGCUGAAGCUUCCGGAUGUAGACCCCACUGUGCACAACAAUAUAUGUGUGCGUAGUGCGUGCAAGUACAACCACAUUGAAGUGGUCAAGCUGCUUCUAAAGGAUCCACGGGUGGAUCCGUCGGCGUGCUAUAACGAGGCCAUAGUAUCCGCACAGGAUGGAGGGCACGAGGCUGUGAUAAGGGUGCUACUUGAGGAUCUGCGUGUGAAUAAAUCGGGCCUGAGUAUUGAUUUCUGA